GGGGCGAAGGGGGCACCGGGGCAUGGCGCGGCAGGUGCCCGUGACCUUCGAGGACCUGGCCGUGCAGUUCUCCGUGGACGAGUGGGCACUCCUGGAGGAAUGGCAGAGGGCGUUUCACCGUGACGUCAUGAGGGAGAACUUCGAGCUGCUGGUCUCCCUGGGUCAGCCGCUCUCCCCUUCCGUGUUCCUGUCCCUGACGGAGCCGUGGGAAGCCAACCGGGGCAAAGGCUGUUUGGGUCCCAGGGUGGCAGAGCGGCGCGGUGAAGACUGUGGCGCCACGGGCGAGUGGCAGGGCAGCCUGCACCUCAGUGCCUUGGUGCGGCUGGUGAAAACGAUCCCCGAGUUUCUGUUUGGGGAGACCAAGGCCCCCACGGAGACCGCGGAGAGGGGACCGGCGGGUGCGGAGCAUGAAGAAGGAAGCCCAGCAGAACCUCUUGAGCCUCUCAGGCCAGAAGGGGACGCGACAGGGCCAAUGGAGAGCUGCCUCCAAGAAGUUCCCGGCCACCCAGCCAUCUCUGCCGGCUGCUCGCCCGCUCAGGGGCCCGGGGACCUGAGGAGCCCGGAGCCCCAGUCCGGGAACCCACUCGGGGCCGAGCCGAUGGGCAGCCCCUGCCCCCGGCCAGCCCUCGGCGGAGGCAAGGAGACUCCAGAAUCUACACUUGUCCAGCUUGCUACACCCUCCUGCGGUCGGUCCCCGGGUGGCAUCCCCGGGGGCCGGGGGAGGCCGGAGUCGGACGGUGGAUCCAUGGGGCCAGAGGUCUCCCCCGGGAGCAGCCCCCUCGAAGGCCUCCUCAACUGUCUGAAGGAAAUCCUGGUGCACAGACCCCAGCCCUCCCCGCCGGCCGCCCACCGGACCUCUCCCCACGGCGCUCUGGGGGCCAGGGAGCCACCUAGGCUUGACAGAAAGGGAGGGGGGCCAUCCUGGGAAGUGAAAGCCGGAGGUAGUCCCCCUGCCCGGACCUCCCCUCUCCAGGACCUGCUCAACUGCCUACGGGACAUUCCUGAAACCAGGCCCCGCGGCCCCUCGCCGGCCCCCGGCCCCUCGCCUGCCGGCCCCCAGGCAACCAGCGGACCACCGAGGAGAGUGGAGCCCGGCCCCUGGAACUGGGCCUCUCGGGUGAAGACGGAGGUGGUAGUGGAGGAUGCCCGGGUCCCCGGCCCACAGAGCCAUAUACCCGACAGGCCCGCCCCUGCGGCCCGCCUGCCCGGCCUCAGCUCCGCCGGCAGCCCGCGGUACACCAGGGACCACCGAGGACCCGAGGUGCUGUGCUGGGCCCCGACUGCCCCCGUUGGCAGUGCCCACGGCUCACCCCUGGAGGCCCUGGAAGCCUGUCUGAAGGAGAUACCCGGGAGCAGGACCCUGCCCGCCCAACCCCCGGCCGGCCCAUGGGGGCUGAACCAUGGUGAGCUGGAAGCCCAGCGAUGGAAAGGGGAAGAGGUACCCGCGGGACUGGGCCCCAGGCAGGGGCUGAGGGGCUGGGGGAAGGAGCUCACCGCCUGCCGCUGGACCCACCCCAGCACACCCACCAGUGUCUCCUCUACCAGCAGCAUCGAUGGAGACCCAGAUAUCAGGGGGCCCGAGGGGAAGUGGGGCGGAGAGAUGGCGGCGGCGUUGACUGUGGCAGCGGAGACGGAGAGUUCCCCUCUCCGAGGCCUGGAGAAUUGCCUCAGGGAGAUCUCCGUGCGCAGAACCCCCAACGGCCAACCCCCCUGGGCCCUGCCGGGGGAUGGGGGGCAUCGAAGAGGGGAGCCCGGACGCUGGAGGCCACCGGACAGGGGAGGGCUGAGGAGUGAGGCCCCCGACCCCCACCGCCUAAGCCGAGGAGGCAAGGAAAUAGCUGGCAGGGCUGCCAGGCUCUCUGGUGCCUCCACUCACCCCUGGAGAGGGGUUGGGGACUCGUGGCUGGCUGAGGGGGCGUUGUGGAGGGGACCCUGGGAAGGGGAGUUCAAAGAGGCCAUGGCCGGACCCUCUCCGCUCCGGGGCCUGGAGAACUGCCUGCGGGGCAUCUCGGCCAUGAGGCCCCCUCACUUCACCUCUGCGGCCGGCCCCGGACCCAGCCCUGGACUCAGCCCCAGCCCCUGCCUCAGCGCCAGCAGCAGCAGCGGCAGUUCUGACGGGGAGGACCGGAGACCGGAGCCCGCAACGAGGCUGGCACUGCCCCACAAAGGCUCCCCGCUCUCCAGUCCGGGGCGCAGCCUGCAGGAUGCCCCCGCCCCGUGGCCCCAUCCCCCUGGCAUCUUCCCCAGCUCGGGCGGGGAUGUGAGCCCCAAGAAGCUGAAGAUGGAGGCCCAGGGAAUGCUUGUCACAGCUGUGAAGAUUGAGGAGGGCACAGGGGACAGCCCCCGGAGUAACCCUCCACUGCAGGAGAAGGAAGCAUCCGCAGAGAGGCCCUGUCUAUGCAGCACUCCCAGCAGCCCCAGAGGAGGGGCAUCGGCAGAAUCCUGUUCCUCUCUCAGGCCGAUGGACCCCGGGCCCGAGCCCAGCACCCCCUCCCCUGGUGGAGCCAAAGGAGUCGGGGGCCUCAAGGUCCCGGAGGCUGUGAUCUUGAAACCAAGUGAAGCAAAAGCCCCGAGGACAAGUUCCCCACUCUCUGGCCCGGGUGGCUGCUUGAGGGACUCGCCCAGCUGGGGCCCGGCCCCCACCAGUGCCUCAGUCUCCCCCAGCACCCUGACCAUCACCAGCAAGUCUCCCAUCGGCACCCCCGAGGGCGUGGCACGGGGAGGCCUGGAAAACAGCGGGUCAGCUCAGCUGGAGAAAGGCUCAGCUUCUCCCGGCGCAGCAGAACCGCCAGCCGAGAAGCCACAGAGCGGCCCCGGCGGCUCCGCCGGAACCCCGGACAUUUUCGCCGCACCGAGACCCAGUCAGGGGACCAAGCGAUCAUACAGUCAGGCCGAGAUGGGCGUCGGGCCCCUGUGCAGCGAGCCCCCGUGCAGCAGGACCCCUUGCAGCAGGUCCCCAUCCAGUGAACCACCAUGCACCGAGCCCCCUUGCAGCGAGCCCCCGUCCAGCGAGUCCCACCGCCCCUGGGCCGGCCCCAGCUGGACCCACCCCAUUGAGACCCCCGGCCAGACGGCAAGCCCCUCCAGCCCCCCGCCGCGGCCCCCCUGCCCCUGCGGUGACACGCUGCGCGAGGACCUCCGCGGCCUCGGGGCCACGCUGUCGCAGCAGCUGGGCCAGAUCGCCGCCGCGCUGUCCAACCUCUCACGUGACUUCGCCAACGUGAGGAGUCGUGUGGACCGACUGGAGCGUGGCUCCCGGCGGCGGCCCCCGCCCCUCUCCCGGGGCCGCCGCUGGGGCAAGGGUACUCUCCGCCGACGGCCCCGCCGCCCUGGGCCCACAGGUCCGCCUCCCGGGGAGCAGCCCACGGGAGCCGACGGGGGCAGCGGGCUGGGGUGCCCGGAGGGGACGCUGCCAGGUCCGCCCCCUUCGGCGCCCGCCGAGGCGUCCGGCCCCGUUCUCCCGGCCCCGGCUCCCUCGUCUCCGGGCCGCUCCCCCCUGCUGAACGGACGCCUUCCCUGUGGGCGGCCGGAGGGCUGCCUGGGCCCCCUGCCCACUCCGGCCCCGGCAUCCCCCUCUCCCCGGACUGCCCUCCCGCCACAGCCCGGAGGAGGGGAGGAGCCCCCGCCGGGUGCGGCCGUGCCUCUGGUCGUCCCCGGUGAGCGGAGGGAUGUUGGGAGCCCGGCCCUGGCGGCAGGCGGCGCCCCGCAGGGGCAGGACUGGGCCUGUGGCGACGGACACCCUGUCUGGGGAGCGGCCUGGGUGGACAGAGGAGAGCCCGUGGGCUGAAUUUGCAGGAGACUUGGGCUUCUUGAGGUUCCUCCCUCCCUCCUCUGCCUUCCGCUCUGUCAGGGUCAUUCUGGGGAUCAGCCCCCUCCCUGCCCCUCCUGCCGCUCAGUUCUGCCCUCGUGCUGCUGCCCUGCCUGUCUUUACCCCUUCUGCCUCUCCUCUGAGCUGCGGGGGGAGGGAGGAGGGACCGGGGGCAGUCCACUCUGACCCGGGGGCUAGAGCAAAACUCCCCCUUACUGCGCCUCACUGCUGAGUCCAGGAACAGCCAAAGUGUGUGUGUGUGUGAGAGAGAGUGUGUGAGGUUGGGGGGUGUCAGUGAGGCUGCCGGGUCUUUGCACAAAUCAUUGCCCACCUGCCCACUGCCCCCCUCCCGGCAAUUCCCAUUACCCCCUCCCCAGGCAGCAGCGCUUCCACAGGAGGGAACAGGGCCCAGCUCUUGCCCUCUUCUCCCUCGAACCCCCAAACACAUGCACCCAGGAUGGUGUGUCUCCCCACCCUCCCCCGACUCUGGCUGGCUAUCUUGCACUGUUUGUGCGGCACCGUGUCCUCUGUGCUACCCCUGAGCACAGAGGGCAGAGCAAAAUAUUAAACCCUUUGGUUGCUAAGGAGUGUGUAGGACUGCAGUAGAUGGGGCGCCAGCAGGGAGGUUAGGGGAGGAGGACCGCGAUCCUGGCCGAUCCCCACCAUAAGGGGUGGCAUGUGAGGUUGGUGCCAGGCUGUGCCUGCUGUGAGCUCUGCCCGCUGUGGGCUGGUGCUGAGUUGUGCCUUCUGGAGGCGAUGCCUACUACGGGCUGGUACAAAACUGCCUUGUUGUUGACUUGUUGAAGGUCUGGUACCCCUCAGAGGCGGGUAUCAGUGGGGGCGGGGGCAUCUUUCGGGCUGCAAGGUUCCAUCUGGCCAACAGCUCAUCCUGUGCCCUGGAUGGGCUGUGCUCCCCAAGUGCUUGGUACAGUGUUCUGCACACAGUAAGCGCUCAAUAAAUAUGAUUCGAUUGGA